AUGAGAAUUCUAUUGAUAUUGACAAGUUUGAUGAGUGGGAUUUGGUCGAUCGAAUGCUGGGUUGAUUCAAGGGAAACUGUUGGAAAGGAGCACACGGAAAAGAUGUCGAACACAUCGUGUGAUUCGGGAUGCAAUUUUUGUGUGAAAUGGCAAGGAUCGAAUGGUGAUCUUAAAGGAACCUAUUGGGGAUGUGGAUGUGGGAAAACAAAAAGAUAUCAAGAUUUGGCAGAUUGUAAGACAAUCGGCAAACGCUCUGAGCAAAUUGGCGAAGGGACAAAUAUUGCAACAAAGAUUUAUGUUUGGUGUUGCAAGAAAGAUUAUUGCAAUUCAUCGAAAUUCAUUUCCCAUUUAUUUUCCUUUAUCCUCACCGUUUCUUUUGCAAAUCUUUUGCAA